CUAUCUUUGGGUUCCAUUGGGUUCCAAAAACAAUAUUAUAAUCCUUAUUUCUCACAAUUCCUCGUUUUAAUCUAGGUAUAAUAUAUAAUAAAUAUAAAUAAAAUGGAAUUACUUCAAGCUUUAGUAGGGGCCAGUAAUCCAGAUCCAAAUGUUCGUCAAGCUGCCGAAAAUUUCUUAACCACUGCAUCAAAUCAAAAUUUCCCAUUAUUCAUUCAUUCAUUAACUAGCGAACUUAUCAAUGAAGAAAGAGAACCAAAAAUUAGACAAUUAGCUGGUAUUGUUUUAAAGAAUAGUAUUUAUUCUAAAAGUCAAGAAAGAAACGAAGUUUUAAUCAAACAGUGGGUAUCAAUUGAUGCUGCAGCUAGAAAUGUUAUUAAAAACGAUUUAUUAAGAGGUUUAUCAUCACCAAUUUAUGAUGCUCGUCACACUGCAGCUAUUGUAAUUUCACAUAUUGGUUUAAUUGAAAUCCCACACAGUUUAUGGGAAGAGUUAAUCCCAUCUCUUUUUAAGAAUAUCGAAACAGGUGGUGAACAUUUAAAACAAGUUACACUUCAAACUAUUGGUUAUAUUUGUGAAGAAAUUGAUCCAGAUGUUAUGAGUAAAUAUUCUGAUAAUGUAUUAAGAGUUAUUACCGAUGGUAUUAGAGAUGAAUCACCAAAUGUUAAAUUAGCUGGUAUUCAAGCUUUAUGUCACACCUUAGAAUUUAUUAAAGGCAAUUUUGAAAAGAAAGAACAAAGAGAUUAUAUUAUGAAGGUCAUUAUCGAUAACUCAGAAUCACAAAACCCAUUAAUCAAAAAAACUGCCUUUGAAAAUUUAGUUAAAAUUGCAUCAAUCUAUUAUGAUCAUAUUUUAGAAUAUAUGAACCCAAUUUUUAAAACAACUGUUGAAGCUAUUCAAAAAGAUCCAACUGAAGAUGUCGUUUUACAAGCAAUUGAAUUCUGGACAAGUUUAGCAGAAGAAGAACAAAACCAAAUCGAUAUACAGCCAUUAGAUAAAUUAGUAAUUCCAAAAGCUCUUGAUAAUUUAAUUCCAAUUUUGUUAGAGACUCUCACCAAACAAAGCGAACAUCAAGAUGGUGGUUGGGGUAUUACACCAGCUGGUGCAACUUGUAUUCAAUAUAUUUCUCAUCUUAUGCAUAUGACAAAAUUAAACGAAAAUGAUCCAGAUCGUGUUGCUGAGUUGGUUCUACCAUUUAUUAAAAACAAUAUUACAAGCCAAGAGUGGAGAUUAAGAGAAGCCUCAUGUACUGCAUUGGGUUCUAUUUUAGAAGACCGUAAGAAUCUUGGUGAUUCCCUUAUUCAUUUAAUUCCAGUCAUUUUACAAUUAAUCGGUGACACAAACGAUAUGGUCAAGGAAACUGCCUCAUGGACCAUUGGUCAAAUCUGUGACCAUCAAAUUUUCAAUGUUUCACAACUUUUAGAAAGUAUCCUCAAACAACUUAUUGCUUACACCGAAGAUAAAAACGUUAAAGUUGCCACUCAUUGUUGUUGGGCCAUCCAUAACAUUUGCCAAGCUUUUGAAGGUGGCAGUGUAGGUCCAUAUCCAACUCUUCAACCAGCCUCACAAGAAAUUGCCAAAUGUCUUAUUAAAGCUGCACACAGAACCGAUAUUGAAGAUGAUGAUCAUAAGUUAAAAACCAAUGCCUAUGAAGCUCUCAAUUCUCUUAUUUCCUACUCUAAUGCUUCACCUGAAUUAAUUGUCGAAAUCUUAAAGGUUACUUUUAUGGAUUUCGAACAAUCAUUCAAAAUGGAAGUUUUAAAUCAAGACGACUGUGAGGCUCAAUUCAAUCUUCAAUCAUUAUUAUGUUCAACUUUCCAAGCUAUUGCCUCAACAUUAAAAGAACACAUUCAACCAUACGCUAAAGAUAUGUUAAACUAUUUAUUCUUAGUAUUCAAAAACCAAUCCGUUAUUAUCUACGAAGAAGCCCUUUUAGCUAUCGAUGCUCUUGUCUUAGCUCUUGAAUCCGAAUUCGAACAAUUCUUCCCACCAUUCCUCAACAUCCUCAUAAAUUUCCUCCAAAAUGUAGAAUAUGGUUCAGUUACCAAUAUUGCUAUUGGUAUUGUUGGUGAUUUAGCUCGUUCAUUUGGUAAAAAAUUCUCAGGUAUCUGUGAGACUAUUGUUCCAUUAAUCAUCAGUGAUCUUACCAAUCCAAAACUUUCUAUGAACGCUAAACCAAGUGCUAUUUCAUGUCUUUGUGAUAUUGCUAUCUCUGUUGGUGCCGAUUUUAUCCCAUAUCUUCCAACUGUUAUGCCAAUCUUAAGCCAAGCUUCCAAGACUGAGUUAGAUGAUGAAGAAUUCUUAAAUGAAUUAAGAGAAACUAUUUUCCAAGCUUACACUGGUAUCCUCCAAGGUCUCAAAGGUGAUAACAGAGUAGAAGAACUUAACAUUUACCUUAACGAUAUGUUUAAUUUCAUUCAAGUUAUUCAUUCAGAUGGUGAUCGUUCAGAUGAAGUCACAUCAUCAGCUCUUGCUCUCAUUGGUGAUUUAGCUCAAUCAAUGGGUGAACAAGUUAAAGCUCAAUUAAAUAAUCCACUCGUUAAAGAACUUGUUAAUGAUGGUAUUCAAAGAUCAGUUAAUUAUGCUGAUUACGCCAGAGAUUCUGUAUUCACAAAUAAUUUAAAAUAAAAUAAUAAUAAUAAUAAUAAUAAAUAAUAAUAUAUCAUCACAUAAAUACAUUUCCACACACACACAAAAACACAUUACACGACACAAUACACAUUUUAAAAAUAUAUAUACACACAACAUUUACAUCACAUACACAUACUUCCACAUACACACAACAUUUACUCAAUAUAUUUGGUUCUUAACUAGAACUAAAUGUAAAAAUAUAUUAUAAAAUAAUAUUUAAAUAUAAUAAACAAUAAAAAAACUUGUUAUAUUUUAAAAUUAAU